GCCAUAAACCCUUACCGCAUCUUCUUCCAAACGACGACGUCUUGCCUCAAACCUUAUUGCGUUUCCUUCGAACCUUCUUAGUUUCAUCCUCUCCAAACCGUGGUCGAACCAUCUCCAAACUCGCUAUCGCUUGCCCUCGGCAUAUGAUUGUGUGCACCUCGUGGCCUUGCCUUCCUCACUGUCCGUUCCUCGCCGCCGUUUCCCGCCGCAAAUUGAGCUGUUUGGAUGAAGAUGUCAUUGGUUCUACCUCUCUUGACAAGGCGAGGAUUCAGCACAAGCUCUGAGAACCUUGUUGCUUCUGUGCUCCUUGAGAGACUGCCAGGGGUCAUUCCGAAAAUUGAUCCUGUAGUUUACGCAUUUCAAGAAUUCUUGUAACGGCAACAAUAUCAACACAGAUAUCCUGAUGAAUUUCUAGACAAAUCUGAAGCAAGGGGAAAAGGGGAUUAUCAGAUUGACUAUGUGCCAGCACCACGAUUCACUGAAGCUGACAAAAACAAUGAUAAAAUGUCAUUACAAAGAGCGCCUGUGUGGCAUUUUCCUGAGAAAGUUUAUGAAUCUGAGGACACCAUGCUCGAGUGUGCAGAAUCUGCUUUGGAGUCAAUCAUAGGAGAUCUUUCUAGUACAUAUUUUGUUGGAAACGCUCCAAUGGGCCAUAUGGUUGUUCAGCCUACAGAAGACCAGUCUGGAUCCACAUCUUAUAAGAGAUUCUUCUUCAAAUCUCAAGUAAUUGCUAAAAACAAGUUCAACAUUGCAAAGUGUGAGGAUUUUGUCUGGGUGACAAAGGAUGAAUUGAUGGAGUAUUUUCCUGAGCAAGCUGAAUUUUUUAACAAGAUGAUCAUUAACUGAUGACAAUGGAGGACAUUUGUUUUGUUGAAACACUUGCAAAUUAUCACAGAAUGGUUGUGAAUAACCUUGAAAGAACAUCAAACUACCAUAAUGUUUCAGGGCACAUCUCGAUUUAAAGUUUGGAUAUCUAUCUUUCCAGUUCAACAAAUCUUGUUUUUUAAUUUCAAAGUAAAUUGUUUUUCUGCCUUC